CCAUCCUAACAUCCCAAAAAAGACAUUCCAACACUAUCCAUCACUACUUUCCCUCUAUUCACUGUACCUACCUUUUAGUUUUUCCAUCAUGGCUCAACCACCCACCUCUUUAACUUUCACAGUGAGGAGGCAGCAGCCGGAACUGGUUGCUCCGGCAAUGCCGACGCCCCGCGAGCUUAAACCCCUCUCCGACAUUGAUGACCAAGAAGGUCUCAGGUUUCAGAUUCCGGUGAUACAGUUCUACAAAUAUGACCCUUCCAUGGAAGGAAAAGACCCUGUAAAAGUUAUAAGAAGGGCACUUUCACAGACACUCGUUUAUUAUUACCCUUUCGCCGGUAGACUCAGGGAAGGGCCUCAACGGAAGCUUUCGGUGGAUUGUACGGGCGAAGGUGUUAUGUUUAUCGAGGCAGACGCGGAUGUUAGGUUGGAGGAAUUUGGAGAUGCUCUUCAGCCUCCAUUUCCUUGUUUGGAAGAGCUUCUUUUUGAUGUUCCUGGUUCUGGAGGAGUUCUUGAUUGUCCUCUGUUGCUUAUUCAGGUUACGCGACUCAAGUGCGGUGGCUUUAUAUUCGCACUACGCCUGAACCACACAAUGAGCGACGCAGCAGGACUUGUUCAAUUCAUGGCGGCCAUAGGCGAAAUGGCACGCGGCGCGUGUGCACCAUCUGUCACACCAUUAUGGCGAAGAGAACUACUAAACUCGCGGGUCCCACCGCGCGUGACGUGCACACACCACGAGUACGAUGAGGUUGCUGACACGAAGGGAACCAUAAUCCCACUAGACGACAUGACCCACCGAUCCUUCUUCUUCGGGCCCACCGAGGUCUCCGCACUACGUCGCUUCGUCCCUCCGAACCUACGAAAGUGCUCCACCUUCGAAGUCCUCACGGCCUGUCUCUGGCGCUGCCGUACAAUAGCACUUCAGCCGGAUCCGGAGGAAGAGGUACGCGUGCUGUGCAUAGUCAACGCACGUGCCAAAUUCAACCCUCCUUUGCCGGAGGGGUUUUACGGCAACGGGUUUGCUUUCCCGGUGGCGCUCACCAACGCCGGGAAGCUUUGUCAGAAGCCGUUGGGGUACGCAUUGGAGUUGGUGAAGAAAGCGAAGGACGAUGUGACCGAGGAGUAUAUGAAAUCGCUGGCUGAUUUGAUGGUGAUCAAAGGUCGGCCCCACUUCACUGUUGUACGGUCCUAUCUGGUGUCGGAUGUUACACGUGCCGGGUUUGGAGAGGUGGAUUUUGGGUGGGGCAAAGCGGCUUAUGGUGGGCCAGCCAAAGGUGGGGUCGGAGCUAUUCCUGGUGUGGCUAGCUUUUAUAUACCCUUUAAGAAUCACAAAGGGGAAAGUGGGAUUGUUGUGCCUGUUUGCUUGCCGGCUCCGGCGAUGGAGAGAUUUGUGAAGGAGUUGGACGGCUUGUUGAAUACCAACGGCGUCGGCGCCGGGACGUCGAAAACUUUUAUCACAUCGGCCCUUUGAAUGAUCUAUACAUGCUUGCAUGCAUGAAUGCUUGUGUGAACUGGGAGAGGUUUUAUGGUAUAUUGGUAUAUGUAUGGAAAUUGGCGUACGUAGUGGUAGUUUUUUAUGUAAUGUUUUUUUUAAGAUGUAAUUUUAUACCUAAUGUUUUGCUCUAUAAAUUGUGUAUAUGUCUAUGUUCGUUUGGUUUGGCAUUUGAAUCGAUUUAAUGGGGUUGAUUUUAUAGA